UCUCAAUCUCAAGCUAAGAGGCUACUUUAGUCUCCGACAUAAGCACAUUCACAGAUGUCGCUGCACGUGUAGAGGCGUCUCACCCGUCACGACGGAGCUCCGUUAUUCCCACGGAAUAAGAGAAGCAGAUAGGUGCAAAUAAAGGAUAAGGAGGGGGGGAAGCGGAGCUGGAGAAAGAUAAGGUGUGAAGACAGGAACCGCGGAGGAAAAAACACACAUCGAUGCCACACUGACGUCUCCCCCUCACGCGCCUGUUUUGGUGUGAGCGCGAGAAGAGGAGAGAGGAAAAGGGAGGAAAAUAAAUCCUGGGAGCCUGAUUCCUUCAUAUGCUUUGCAUCCCGGUUUUUUUUUUUUCGUUUACUCCCAUCAUCCAAGGUAUGAAGGCCGGUGUCCACUGGCAAGGCAAAAUAAAAGAAGAGGAUGCUUUGACUGCUGCCUCUCUGUUAACAAGGGUCACGGAAGAAGAAGAAGAAGAAGUAGUCAGGGACAACACACAGCGGGGACAAAACUAGGAUUUCUGCCGCAUGCGCUGGGAAUAGGAGUCUCACACCGAAGUCUCUGAAUGAGGCGGCAUCAAGUGAGACUCAGAGUUGAGGUGGCAAUCCAACGAUACCGACGCUAGGAGGGAAGGAGGAAAGGAGGAACACACUGGAGGAGGGGCUUGCACGCUCUGCAAACAGGCAGUCUGGAGCCAGCUUGUCCUGUCUGUGUGAAAAGACAAGGCAGAGGAGCAGGAGAGGAAAUGAUUGGCUGAGGUGUCAUGGACAACGUCAGCACUAGCUCUUCCAGUAUGCAGUGUGGACUUUCCUGCUGCGCAUCACCAGUGGUGCCAUAAUCCAGUUAUAUCUGUGGGUAAUGUUGAGCCAAAUAACCAAUCCUGGAGAUGCCGAAGAGAAGAGAUAUUCUUGCCAUCGUGUUGAUCGUGUUACCCUGGACUCUGCUCAUCACUGUUUGGCACCAAAGCGCUAUAGCUCCACUCCUCGCCAUCCGCAAGGCCUGUCACCACCUAGUAAAAGAGAUCUUUAUCAUUCCAGAGAGGCUUGCAGUCCGCCACCACCGGCUCUCAGAUGACGGUGUGGAGGGGAAGAGGGAGUCAGGCGGCCCGGCUCAGGACUCUAAGGAAUACUGUGCUUCAGAUAAGGACAUAGUGGAGGUGGUGAGGACAGAGUAUGUGUACACACGGCCUCCACCCUGGUCUGAUGUUCUGCCCACCAUCCACAUCAUCACCCCGACGUACAGUCGCCCGGUGCAGAAGGCGGAGCUGACGCGGUUGGCGAACACGUUCCUCCAUGUUCCCAACCUGCACUGGAUCCUAGUCGAGGACUCGCAAAGGAGGACGCCACUCGUGACGCGACUUCUCCGAGAAACUGGGCUUAACUACACCCACCUCAAUGUAGAGACACCCAGGAACUAUAAGCUGCGGGGGGACACUCGGGAUCCUAGAAUCCCCCGGGGCACUAUGCAGAGGAAUCUGGCCCUGCGAUGGCUGAGGGAGACCUUCAACGCCAACAGCAGCCAGGCUGGGAUCGUCUACUUUGCUGACGACGACAACACGUACAGCCUGGAGCUGUUUGAAGAGAUGAGAACGACUCGGAAAGUUUCCGUGUGGCCUGUGGCAUUUGUGGGCGGCUUGCGGUACGAGUCCCCCAAGGUCAAUGCAGCUGGAAAGGUGUACGGCUGGAAGACAGUUUUCGACCCGCAUAGGCCCUUUGCAAUCGACAUGGCUGGCUUCGCUAUCAACUUAAGGCUCAUCCUCUUCAAGCCACAAGCCUAUUUUAAGCUCCGGGGGGUAAAGGGAGGCUACCAGGAGAGUAGUUUACUUCGGGAACUCGUCACACUCAACGACCUGGAGCCUAAAGCAGCCAAUUGCACUAAGAUACUCGUUUGGCACACAAGAACGGAGAAACCUGUGCUCGUGAACGAGGGGAAGAAAGGAUUCACAGACCCCAAUGUGGAGAUUUGACCCUUUCCUCCCGGACCAGGUUGAUUGGCCUUGGACCUGCAGAGGAGGAAAAAAAAAAGAAGCUGAGUCGCUUGAUAAGUGCAACCAGCGCUCAAGUCUUAAUCAUGAGAAAAAAAAAGGAAAUGGGGCCUUUGAAAGAGGAUUUAAUCCUCUUGGCUGGAUCUGACAUUUAAAAAAAAUAUGGACUCCAUCAGUCUAAAUGUAUCAUAUUAAAGCACAGAUUAGUACGAGGCAGCUGGUUGCUCGUCUGGUCUAAGACUGAAGUGCAGAGGAGACAACGCAUCACAGGGCGGAUUGUGGACGGACGUGACCUGCACAUUCACGGCCAACUGAGGACAUCCUUACAAAAGAGACAGCACAAUAUGACAAGCAUACAGCCAGCAGAUUCAACCAAACAAGCAGGUUCAAGAAUAUCCUUCACCUCAAAUGACUGAAGGGGGAAAAAAAAAGACUAAUAUUGUCUGGAUCUGCACGUGGUACGAGAAGAGAGGAACUCCUCUCGACCACAAGGAGAAACAUCAUCAGCCCGGACAAACACCCAACUCUGAGAGCAAAUGUGUCUCGUCUGGAUUUUUGCAAACACAAACACUGCGAGGGGAAGGAAUGUUCUUUUGAUAACUAUGAAAUGUUUGCUUUAAUUUAAUUGAAUUCCUUUUGACAAGCACUUGACUUGCUAGUUCAAUUCUCUUGACUCUACCUACAUGUACUCUUGGGUUAUCAUUGUUCAUUUUAGAGUGUCAUUAUUACUCAUGCAUUUAAAGUCAACCAAACACUUGAGGAGAGAGACUGCUGUUUUAAAUGUGAGCCCCCACCCCCCCCAACCCCACCCCUCGUCCCCUGGUGGGGCAUGGUAACACAUUCAAUCCCAACGCUCCUUUAAGCACUUAUAAAAUACACAUAAAAGUCUCUUCUUUUCCCUCCCAUGGUGAUUUCCUCACAUUGACAGAUGACAUGGCACAGGUUCAUUCUAGGUUCAACACAUGGAUAGAGUUACAGCACAUCACCAAUCUCAUUUGGUAACAGAAACUCCACUUUGUGACACGUUCAGAACUUUAAAAACCAGCUACACGGUAGAUUUAUGAAUGCUGAACUAAUUGCAGUACUAUGACAGAGGAUUAGGGCCACGUCACAUUUAUUUAAAAAAAAAAUAAUUUACGAGAAUAAAGUCGUAAAUUUACGAGAUUGAACUAGUAUUAACUAGUUCAAAACGACUUUAAUCUUGUAAAUUUACUACUUUAUUCCCGUAAAUUUACAACUUUAUUCUAAAAUUAUAUGUUUUUAACAUGGCCCUAAUCCUCCGCCGUACAGUAUAAAUGCCAUAUAAAGUUUAAUCUGUAAAAUAGAGAGUAAGUAUAGUGAGUUAAAAUGCCCAUCGUCCAUGCACUCCUAAAGGUGGGGUCCCUCUCCUCUCUUAAAAAAAAAUAUGUCUGCCAUGUGAAAGAAGUGGAAUUAACUAAAAGCUAAAUAAGGACGCUCAGGCUACAUCUGCUAACUUAUAUUACAACUCACCUUCAAAGAGUGAGAAAUAAAUCAAACAUUCAGAUAACUGAUGCAUGGCCCUAAAUAUUGUUUAGAAGAUUCCACUGAUGAAACUAGAUAAUGCUACUUUCUAAUUAACAGCAGGCUAAAGAAAAGCACAACAAAAAUGAGUCGAGGAUUUGGUAGCAACACUGACUGACCACGUUCGCUUCUGUGUGUCAUGGUUUCACUUUGUAUGAGUAUCUGUUUGUUGUACAUUCACUGGAUCACAGCAGCAGGGACAAUAGACAUCAGAAGGCUGACGCUGCGUGCUGAACACUGUAACAAAGUUAUUCUACACCUCGUAUAAUAGAACCUCUUCCUCAAACUCUAUAAAUCAUCCCCCUCUCUAUGGUAGCUCUUAUCUAACACUGCCCUGCAGAAGUAGCUGGAGAUAAUUCAAACAGAGCCUCUGUACUGUUGCCAGAUUAUCUCUGUGCAGUACCCCCCCCCCCCACCCUUCAACACACACAAACCCCAAAAUACACCGCUGCAGUAUCAAAACUUACAAAGACGUCACAGCCUCUUUGGGCUCAUCAGCCAGGAGAA